GGAUCCGGCUUCACUAGAGCGAGAGCGACAGAGAUUCUCCUCAGAUUGGAGUCAGAUAUGAAAGGUGUCGCUCUUACAAUGAUGCUCUCUGUGUUUAUUCUCUUUCUGGACUCUAAAGGCUGAUUCUGAUGGAUGUAACGACAGGAAAAGCACAUUUAUUCUUUAAAGAGCGGAUGUGAAACUUUAACGCGUUUAACAUUCUCAUCUUCAUCACGAGACUCGUCAGUUAUACCAAACUUUCUCCGUUUUUUUGUCUGAUGAUUUAUUGUUAAGAUGUUGUCUUUAUAUUCUCUGCUUUCCUCUGUGAGUGUGUGUGUGCUGAUGGUCAGUGCUGGUCCGGUUCUGCUGGACAAGCGCUCCGUGUGUCACUCCACACUCAAACAGCUUCGUGCUGGACAGCAGGUGACCGUCCACAUCCCACCCGACAUCUCAGGACACUGGGUGUCCGACAGCUGCGAGGUGCGACCCGGCCCGGAAUUCAUCACUCGCUCCUAUCGCUUCUACCCCAACCACACCUUCCACGCGCUGCAGUUCUACUACCAGGACAACCACUGCACUCAGCCCAGCUACAGCCUCCUGAUCCGGGGCAGCGUCCGCCCGCAGCAGGCCUCCUGGGUCGUACGCGGAGGCACGGUGUCCGAGUACCAGCUGAGCAGCGUCCAGCUGCUGUGCCACGGCCCGGCGACGGCGGACGUCCAGCGGCGCCUGGAACCGUCCUGCGACCUGCGGCAGCCGCUGCGGCCCGGCCUGACGUAUGAGCUGUGGGCGGAGGGUCGUGACUGCACCCGUGGCUUAGACUUCAGCAUGCAGGAACUGCAGCUCAUGCGGCUGGAGAGGCGCGAUCACCAUGGCGACCCCAGCAGACAGGCGGAGGAGCUGUUCCUGGGAGACGUUCACACUGAGCGCGCUCAGAGGAGACUUCACCAGCCCUCUGGCUACCAGACCCCCCUUCAGAGCGCCAAGACCGACGGCCGGCGCUGUGGAAUCUGUCAGAUUGUGGCGUCGGCCGAUCUUCAUCAUCCUCCGGUCCUGCCGCCCCAAAGUGACCGUCCGGUGCGUCUCCAUGGAAACUGGGUGAGCGUGCGGUGCGAAGCGCGGCCGGGCGUCCUCUUCCUCACCCGACGGCUGACGUUCCACGAGGACAGCCGAACCUGGGAAGGACAAUAUGAGCACUUCUCCGACCCCGUCUGCCGUCACCCCACCUUCAGCAUCUCCGCCAGCGGACGCUACACCCGCGGAGCUCCGUCCGCCGCCGUCAUGGGCGCCGUCGAGUUCACCUUCACAGUGACCCACAUGACGGUGACGCCCAUGGACGUGGCCACCACCUCCCUCCUGAACGUCUUCAGAGGGCGCGAGUGCGGCACAGAGGGAUCUUGGAAACUGGGCAUCCCGCAGGACGUGACCUCGACCUCCGGCUGCGCAGCGCUGGGCAUCCGUCUGCCUCACACCGAGUACGAGCUCUUCAGCAUGGGGCAGGACUCUUCUGGACGCAGCCUGCUCUAUAACGGCCAGAGGCCGACCAACGGCUCCAGUCCUGACCGGCCCGACAGACGCGCCACGUCUUACCAGUCUCCGCUGAUCCGCUGCAGCAGCCAGCAGGGGGAGCCGCGCGUGGGCCGAGAAGGAGACCAGCACUUCAGACUGAGCGCCGCAUGCGACACGAAGACGCUGGACGGCUUCAUCCUAUUGGUCGUGAUGCACAUGUUCAUGCAGCUGGAUUUCUAA